GCCAAUUGACACACAUCCACAAAUGUCACAUUUUAAAAUGACGAAAAUAGAUUACGCGAUUGAAGAUGCGAAGAUUUAGAGGGAUUGUCGUGCGUUGCUGAAGGUGAAGGGUGAAGGUGGUAGAGGAGAAGAGGAGGCGGGUAAGUGAGGGUAUCGUUUAGUCCAAAGUCGGUGCGAGUGCGAGAGUGUGAGUUUAGUAGUUUGCAUUCAUCUCGGUGUAUCAGUUUCACUUGUUCUCGUCCUGCGGCAACUGCGAUCAAAGUAAGUGAGUAAGUGGACGUGUUGUUACCAACAACAACAGUGGUGGCAUCAUACAUAACGACGUAAGAAGAUGGUCGUGGGCAGCGCGCGGAUCAUGAACAUCACCAGGAAUUUCAAACUGAAGCGACAGCAGCUGCAGCAGUGCUCACGAACAUUGGGCUUCGGCAGCAGGAAACUGCUGACGGUGGACGGCGACGCCGCAGACGGUGCUAGGUUAUGUCGCUGCAGGAGGUUCCACACGUCCAGGGAGCCGAGGGCCUCCUUCGCGAAGCUAUCUCCGCAAGAGGUAGAUUCGAUUCUUCGCGCCAACGAGUACAAUCACGAGUUCUCUUCGGGGACGACGUCGGUGAAGUCUUACGAUUCGAAUCAACUAGCAUCUAAUAACCCCAUCGAGGACACUCGCUCGGAAGCUAGCUGCCUGCUGACCACCGGUUUACUUGUGGGCGUGUUCGAUGGACACGGAGGCGGAGCUUGCGCGCAGGUCAUCGCCAAGAGGUUGUUCCAUUACAUCACCGCCUGCCUCCUGCCGCCGGACAGCCUGAAACAAUACUCGGCUUCGUUGCAGACCCCAUCGCCGCUGGACCUGAUCAAAUCCUACAACGACAAAGUGCAAUUCGUCGACGACGUCAGGGACAUUUAUAGGAAUAGUUUUUUACAGUUUUUGCGCGACCUGAAUGAUUUGAACGACAAGAAGAAUUUCGAAAUGCAUCGAGCCUUGGAGGACGCCUUCCUGCGGUUGGACAACGAUUUGUCGCGUGAGGCGUUACCUAAGGAUGAUGGAAAGGUCAACAUGAAGACGCUUUCCGUGGCUAUGACUGGAUCGGUGGGUUGCGUGGCUCACAUAGAUGGUGCUCACAUGCACGUCGCCAAUGUAGGAGAUUGCAACGCCGUUCUAGGUGUUAGAACUGAUACGAAUUCGUGGAUCGCCAAGAAGUUGACGUUGGAGCACAACACGUUCAAUCAGGCGGAGGUGGAUCGCAUCGUGAAGGAGCAUCCGCACAACGAGAGCAACACGGUGAUCAAGAUGGAAAGGUUGCUCGGUCAGUUGGCACCUCUUCGCGCUCUAGGCGACUUCAGGUACAAGUGGAGCAAAGAGAUCAUGUCUUCGAUAGUCACCAAAUACUUCGGGGAUCAGAUGGUGCCACCGAACUACUACACCCCGCCCUACCUCACCGGUAAACCGGAUGUGAUCUACCAUAGGUUGACGCCGCGCGAUAAGUUCCUGGUGCUCGCCACGGACGGCCUCUGGGACAUCAUAUCACCGUUGCAAGUAGUCCGACUGGUGGGUGAGCACAUGAGCGGUAAAGUCACGCUCAGUCCUCUGAAGUUGCCCAGGAAGAACAUGAAGCUGUGGGAGAUCAACGAGAUGCUGCUGCAGCGCAAGGAAGGUCUCAAAACGAAACCCAAAGACACGAACGCCGCCACCCAUCUGAUCAGGAACGCUCUGGGCGGAACGGAGUACGGGAUAGAUCACGGGAAGUUGUCGCAACUGCUCAGUCUUCCUGAUGACGUGGUGCGCGUCUUCAGAGAUGAUAUAACCAUCACCGUCAUCUACUUCGAUUCGGAAUUUCUGAGGCACUGUCCCGUCUGAUCCGUUUUCUUUCAAUAUAUAUAUAUGCAGCUUCAAUUUGGUUUCCGAUCGCCUUUGUAUAUAUAUUUUUUAUGUAUAAAUUUACGUUAAUUCAUGUAUUCACUAGUUCAAUUCGACACAAUGAAGAAACAAAAGGAAAAAAUUGGAGAGAUAAACUUGGCAGUAUUUAAUUUAUUGUUUGUUUGUUUCGCGCUGCUCCUAUACUAUACUACUAUUAUUAUAUAUAUAUACGAUUUAUUAUAUAAGUUCAAACCAAA